AUGACAAGUCAGAAAAAACCUUUGGCAUUAUGUGAAAUUUGUGUUCGGCAAAUUUCAGGUGACGCAGAUAAUGUCACAAAAUGUGAAAAUUCAUUUGAAUGCCAACUCUGCUUUGGAAUUAUGGAUCAAGCUAUGAUUGAUGAGGUCGGAGAAAAAGUGCAAGAAGAGCUUGAAAAACUUCCCUACGACUCAAAUAGUUUCAUUUUAGCAUUAAACUUACCUGUCGGACAAACAUUGAGGGAGAUUCUAGUCAGUCGGCUUCGUCCGGAUUUCAAUGGAACACUUGUUCAAGUUCCACAUAAAGUUAGGAAUGUUGACGGAUAUUUGAAGAAGCUUGGAUCCUAUUCUGGAAAACGACCGACACUAAGCUCUGAUCUGCAACUGAUGAUUACUUUCGAACAAACGGAAUCAGAUCUCACCGAUCUUCAGUUUCUCCAAAAAGAGUUUCCGAAUGAUUUUCGUGUCGGAAAACGCAAUAGAUACAAUCAUCAAGAAGCUCCGUCGAGCUGUUCGAAGCAACAAUUGCAGCAGGUCACUGGAAGAAUAAAUGAACAUAUCGCUAACAAAUACAUUUUCUCUUCACCUACUCGAAAAUGCUCAUUUUCUCUAUCUUUUGAAAGAGAUCCUGUGUACGUUGCUGGAAGAUACUGCAAAUACUCUAGAUGUCUUCCUCAAUCUCCAUGGAGCGAGGACAAGGAUGCACCAAGAGAACCUGGAAAUUCAGUAUCUGAAAAAGUCUGUGAUAUUUUGAAGAAACACUUCGGUGCAAGUGAUAGUAAAUUUGUCACAUCCGGUCGUGAAGAUAUUGACGUUAGAAUGCUCGGAACCGGAAGACCAUUUGUCGUUGAACUUCGGAAUUGUAGAAUCACAGCCCCAGUGAGAGGUUUGAAUUAUCUGGAAACGUUAAAAUCAAUUGAAGAAACAAUCAAUUCUCAGAAGGAUAUUAAAAUUAAUUCGUUGACAAGAGUAGCUCGCGAUGUAGCGGAGAAAUUAAGUGUUGGGGAAGAAGAUAAACGAAAGCAGUAUUGCGCAUACUGUUACAGCAUCUUGCCUAUUUCUGAUGAACAAUUCGCGACAGCUCGAUCCAAAAUUCCUCUAACCAUCGUUCAAAAAACUCCAGUCCGUGUUAUGAAACGAAGAGCAUUAUUAGACAGAGAGCGGACUAUUUUUUCGAUGGAUUUUUUGAAACUCGACGAUCAUCAUUUUGAAGUGAGACUCGAGACGCAAGCAGGAACUUACAUUAAAGAAUUUGUACACGGAGACUUUGGAAGAACACGUCCAUCAUUGGCUGAACUAUUAGGUGUGGAACACGGAGAAGUCGAUAUUCUGGAAUUAGAUGUUGAAAAAGUCGAUCUCGAAUGGCCACCCAAAUUGAAGGAAGGUCAAGCUUCUAUAAAAUUCCGCUAA